AUGGCACCAGUGAGAGAGCAGAACCGCACAGCAGUCACGGAAUUCAUCCUGCUGGGGUUUGAAAACGGUCCAGGAUGUCAGAUGAUCCCCUCUGUAUUGUUCCUGGUGAUUUACACAGUAACCGUGCUAGGAAACACCAUCCUGGUCCUCAUCAUUAGAGUCAGCUCUCGCCUUCACACUCCCAUGUACUUCUUCCUCAUGAACCUGUCACUCUUAGACCUCUGCUUCACCUCCACCAUUGCCCCCAAAGCCAUUGCGAGCUUCCUAGCAGACAGCAAAGCCAUUUCCUAUAAUGGAUGUGCCACACAAUUCUUCUUCUUCUGUCUCUUCCUCACCACCGAAGGGUUCCUCCUGGCAGUGAUGGCAUAUGAUCGAUACGCCGCCAUCUGCAACCCGCUCCUAUAUCCUGUCACCAUGUCCAAGUGGGUUUGCAUUCAGAUGGUGGUAGGGUCAUAUAUCUGCGGCGGUGUGAACGCCAUGGUGCAAACAGGCUUCACCUUUACGCUUCACUAUUGUGGGCUUAAUGAGAUUGAUUAUUUCUUCUGUGAUGGCCCUCCCUUGAUUAGUCUCUCUUGCAGUGACACGUACAUCAAUAAUCUUGUGAUGUUUACCUUAUGUGGAUUCAUUAUAGCGAGCACUGCCCUGAUUGUGCUCAUCUCCUACACCUAUAUCAUCUCCACCAUCCUCAGGAUUCGCUCUGCCGAGGGAAGGUGCAGAGCCUUCUCCACCUGCACCUCCCACAUGUUGGUUGUGACUUUAUUUUAUGGGACCACUGCUUUCAUGUACGCCCAACCCACUUGGUUAUCUUCUCUGUACCCAAGGAAAGCGGUAUCCGUGUUUUACACCUUUGUCAUCCCCAUGUUGAAUCCCUUCAUCUACAGCCUUAGGAACAAGGAUGUGAAAGAGGCUUUGUGGAAAAUGGUCAACAAUGUGACACCUGUAUCAGAAUGUGAAGAUUUACGGCUAGAGCCUGGAACUCUUACUCAUAUUCAGAAGCAGUAA